AAUCGGCGUGAGGGGGUGGGCUAUCGACGGUGAGACGAGCGGCAGCUGAUUGCCUCUUUAAUUGACUGGUCCUCCCUCUCACAGCCCCCCGUGCGAGAGGAUCAAGCUGCCAAUCAGAAGAGAGAUCACGGCAUCUCCAUGGUAACGGUACACCAGCAGCUACCAGUAGACACCUGUUGUGGUUCCUAGCUUCCGGAAGAAUUUUUAAUUUGUAAUUCCCAAACAUUACAGGUCGCUGCUGCUUCCUGGUUCCUCCCAUCAUUAACCACCAAAGCCGAUCUCUGAGCCUGCGCAUCGAGCGAGGGUAAUCGCGCCGUGGACCCGACUGUGCGUCCAUCGUCUAUUCUCUUCUCUUCACUUUAACUUAUUCUGAGGAUGGCAGGCACGUCGAGACACGACCGAGAGAUGGCCAUCCAAUCCAAGAGGCAGCUCUCCACAUGUUCGGACCCCCUGGAGCGGCUGCGACUGCAGUGUCUCUCGCGAGGGUCCUCCGGCAUCAAAGGGCUGGGCAGAACCUUCCGGAUCAUGGACGACAACAACAGCCGCAGUCUGGAUGCCAAGGAGUUUGUGAAGGGCCUGAGCGACUACGGAGUCCUCAUGGAGAAGGCGGAGGCCUUGAGCCUCUUCGAGCUCUUUGACCGCGACGGCAGCGGCAUGAUCGACUUUGAUGAGUUCCUCAUCACACUCAGGCCGCCCAUGUCCAACGCAAGAAAGGGGGUGAUUAUGGAGGCCUUUCGGAAACUGGAUAAGACGGGCGACGGCGUGAUCACGAUCGACGACCUUAGGGGCGUCUACAACACCAAACACCACCCCAAGUACCAGAACGGGGAAUGGACCGAAGACCAGAUAUUCCGCAAAUUCUUGGACAGCUUUGACUCUCCGAAUGACAAGGAUGGAAAGGUCACCAAAGAGGAGUUCCUCAAUUACUACUGUGGAGUCAGCGCCUCCAUCGACAGUGACGUCUACUUUAUCCUGAUGAUGAAGAACGCAUGGAAACUAUGAGAGUUUUUAAAAUCGAUGAUUUCAAAUGACAUCGCUGCUGAAAAUUGUAUCACAGCUAAGGAUGACAUCACCGCUGAAGAUAUCAUCACUACUGGAGAUGAUUACAGAAGAGGACAUCACCGGGGAAGAUUUCAUGAUCAGAAGGGUACAACUGAAACCUAAUUUUGCUUUUUUAUAUACAUUUAAUAUAUUGGUAGUGCAAGGAAGCUACAUGGGUAACCUGUGCUACCCAAAGUAUGCAUGUCUUUGUUGACGUUAGUGAGUGUAGGUGUUUGUAAUAUAUUUUUUUUUAAUCUGGUUGAUUCAUUUGUUUUUAUCUUUUGAGUAUUUUAAAUUUGUAUUAUUUGCCGUCUUUUAAAAACCUCAGUAUGUCAAUGUAACCCUAUCCACUGGUACACGCGCACACGGACACAGUAAAAUAAAGCACUUUGGGUGUCUUGAAUAGUGCUAUAUAAAUGCGAUACAUUUUUAUAAUUAUCCUACCGCUCAAUUUUCUCAAUAAAAUGUUGAUUCUGAAAUGUA